ACAGUAGGGCACUAGCUUUUCUAGUCGCCUCGCCUCUUAAGGAAGUGGAUGGAGCCCCGAUGGAGGGGGCUGUCGGCUCGGGCUAGUUCCGAUGCGUGAUUAGGGAAAGAAGCCGCAUACCGGAAGGCCGGGGGUAGUCUUCCUGACUGAAAACAAAAACACCAUGGACUGCUAAAAAUCACGGGACAGCCCCUGAAGAACAUGGAGCCGACAGCGGGAGAGAGUAGCAUUACAAGUAGCGUCGUCUAGUUCGGUUCCUCUACCAUAAGUGGACCUGAAUUGUUGAAUAUUAGUACGCGUCGGCACCGCGGAACCUUUGUUCGUGUAUUUUUUUUCCUUUUUCAUAGACAGAACAGGGCUUCUCCUGCUCUUCGUCGUAGUUUUUAAAACGUGACAGCACCCUCGCUGGCUCUUCUGGACUGGCAGCCGAAGACUUGGCCUCAAAUGGACUCCCAUCAACUGUUUUCCCUCUUCUCCUGAGUGCGUGGCGGCCGCAGCAAUCAUGUUUGCCGUACGCAUCGUCACCGCAGACUACUACCUGGCAAGUCCCAUUAAAGACCUGGAUGUGUGUUAUUCUGAGUUCAGGGAAAGAAACGUGAGCAAGGUGCCGGUGGUGCGGAUAUUCGGAGCAACACCCGCAGGUCAAAAGACGUGUCUUCACCUUCAUGGCGUGUUCCCGUACAUCUAUAUUCCAUAUGAUGGUCAUGGACAGCAACCAGAAUCAUAUCUGCGUCUGGUGGCCUUUAGCAUCGACAGAGCAGUCAAUGUUGCGAUGGGAAACCCCGCCUCUGAUGUCCAGCACAUAUUUAAGGUGGUGCUGGUGUCUGGCAUGCCGUUCUAUGGCUACCAUGCCAAGGAGAAACACUUUAUGAAGAUCUAUUUGUACAAUCCUCAGAUGGUUAAACGUGUGUGUGAGCUGUUGCAGAGCGGAGCAGUGAUGAACAAGAUUUACCAGCCCCACGAAGGCCAUAUCCCAUACCUGCUUCAACUGUUCAUCGACUACAACCUUUACGGCAUGAACCUGCUAAACCUUGCAGCAGUCAAGUUCCGGAGGGGCAAAUCAAGAGAGGGUUUGCCAGUUAGCCUGGACAAGCAGACCCCGAGCAGCCAUUCCAGCACUAGUCCCUGGAAGAGCCCGUGCACGUCCAAACUCAACGACAGCACCCUUGGAGGUACUUUUGUCCGCUGGGAAGAGAACGCCAUUCCGUGCUCCCUUGUCCUAGAUGAGGUGGAGAGGAAAAGCACCUGUGAGCUGGAGGUUGAUGCUGUUUCUGUAGAUGUUCUCAACCGUCUCGAGAUUGAAAAUCAGAUUGGAAGGAACCCCGGCCUACAAGCAAUCUGGGAGGAUGAGAAGCAGCGGAGGAGAGAACAAAACAAAGACUCUCAGAUUGAAACCCCGGAGUCUCAAGACCGUGAAUUUGUCUCUUCAACUGAGAGUGAGCAGUUCUUCAUGAAACGAUUCAAGGAGAUUUUGAAGGAUAAUGAGUUUGAUGUGACGCAGGACUCCCCUGUUGGUGAUGUAGAGGAUUUCAGUGAUCUCACCAUCCAUUCAUCUCUUCAUUUAACACCAGAGGAAUUGCCGUGCACGCCUGCUUCAGCUGUAGAGGUGCACAGGGACUCCGAGCCAGAAUUUGUGACUAGUAGAUGUAAAACCCCAGAUGAGGCUGUUGUUGAUGAGGAGGCCAUUUUGUGUGUCCUGGAAAACAGUCAGAACUUCCUGCCACCCUCACAGACAUCCAAACACUCACCAUUAUUAGACAGCAGCCAAGACUGCUCCAUGAUUAAUCUUCUGGCAGGUUUGGCAGAUGAGUGCAGGACUCCUGGUUUGCACAGCUCACAGUCCCAGUCCCUACCAGGUACACAGAACUGCCCCUAUAACAGUGACGAUGAGGAGGCAAGGCCAGAGUUAGACAAGGAAGAAGCGGCGCUCAGUAUGACGAUGUCACAACGAUGGGACAGUGAGCCCCUUGAAAACUUGAGUCCGGUUGCGUGCAGAUCUGGUGUGAAGGAAACACAGGAGAGCUUUAGUGACGGACAUCAGGACUCCUCUGAUGACGACAUGGAGUGGAGCGGAAACAAUUCUUUAUUUGCUAACAUGUCCAUACCCCAGCUUGAUGGGGCAGCAGAUGAGAGCAGCGACUCAUCUUUAACAGACAGUGGUUCCAGAACACAGUCCUCCCUCAUCGUCACUGAGAAGAUUAUAAUGAAAACAAAUCAUUUCCCUGGAGAGACUAUCCACCUUGAACCCCCAUCCUCAGCGAAGAUCUUUCUGGAGUGUAAGCACCCAGAGCACAGUCCAGUUCAUGUGAUGGACACGGAACAACCUCUUGACAAACAAUUUCAGUCGAAGAGCAGUCAGGACAGCAGUUGUGAAUGUUCGACAGGUUUAAAGGUCAAUAAAAAGAUUCCUUACAUUCCACCAGUAAAACACCCUAUUCCCUGCAAAACAGUCAGUCAGUCGGAGGUAUCUGCCAUCUGUGUGGACAAAGAAGACAUCUGCCCAAUAUACAGCUAUGACAAGAAAACAUCUUUAGCAUUGGAUAGGACCGAUCUUGAAAGUUUUCAAUUUAACAACAGUAAGGUCACAAAAAGAAGAAAGAGCCUGAAGAACGUAGAAACAAACUGUCUGUCCAUCCUUCAGAACCACAGGGCCUUCUCCCUCUGUUACUCGGAGCUGAGGAACUGCUCAACCAAGAAAGACUUGAGCCAGAUGGAUAGACAUAGCCCCCUCUUGAGGAAUAUUUCAUCCUCAGCACCUCCAACUCUUGAAAGUGGGGCAUUUCUUAACCCUCAGGAGGGUGAGAUGAGUAAAGAUGGAGAUGAGGGAGAUGUUGGUGAGCUCAAAAUCAGGUAUGAGGACUAUCAGGAAAACAAGACCGAAAAGACGAUUGUAGCGCAACAGGAAGCACACUACAAGUUUUUCCCUAGUGUAAUUCUGUCCAACUGCCUAAACCGGAAGAAAACAGUUUGCAAAAAACUGCCAGAAUCAUGCAGCAAGCUAGAACAAACUCAGAAUCGGCGGUUGAGACUAAAAGUAAAUAAGAAAAAAUUGUCAGGACCAAAAAACAAAUUAAACAUGGAUGAAAGCUGUUCCUCUGACAGCCAGGUUAGCAUUGGUUGCACCUCUGUAACUCCUGAUCAUCCAGGAAUUGGGGACACAGAAAUGCUAGUUUGUGAUGACAACUCAGUGAAGACGGAGUCCAUCUUAGAUGAGUCUCCCGAAAAGGGAGUGUCACCUACAAUAGAAGAACCAGAAAAGACAUCUAUUAAAGAAGAGCCAAAAUUAAUUCCCGUAGUCACUGCCAUUACACCCUGUAGUUCAGAAGAAACUCAAGAUACACCAGAUGACAAUAUAAGCCUCUUGCAAGAUUUAGCCACUAAAGUAACAUGUACAAAAGCCUCAUCCCUGCCUGGUAGUAAAUACACUCUGAGGACCAAACGGAAGAUGCUGUAUGACAGUGAUGGAGAAUACUCAUGUUCUACGCGGUCUAAAAACCCACCUAAAGGCAAGGAACAUCUCAAAGACUCCAAUGCGCACAGUGGACAGGAGCUAAAAUCCCAGAAACGACGCAAGAAGGAACCUCCAAUCAUCAUCAAGUACAUUAUCAUCAACAGGUUCAAAGGAGAGAAAAACAUGUUGGUGAAAAUGGGGAAAGUCGAUGCAGAGGAGCAACGGGUAACACUGACAAAAGAGAAGUUGAAUCAGUACAAUAAACUCGCCCCACUAAAGGAUUUCUGGCCUAAAGUGCCAGAGUCUGCUGCCACUGAGUUUCCUGUCACUGAGUCAAAGGCUAAAAAACAAAACAAACGGAAAUCUAAAGUCAACCCGUUGAAUAAAAAAACAAUUGACAGUGUCUCUAAACAUCAAGUUGGACAUGGUGAAAGGGUCAAACGAACUAAGGGCUGUGAAAGGCGACGAUGUUUACCCUCUCUACCACCUCCUCGGCCAUGUUACUGUGAGUUGGCAGAUGACCGAAACAGUGACUAUAAUGAUGUUAUGUUCGAUUUAGGCUAUCUCUCUGAUAGAGCGCAGAGCCCAAUAGACUCAACACCCCCUCGCUGUUGGUCGCCAACAGAGCCUGUUAUGAAUAGGAGUGUUUCAAAACACUUAAAAAACAAAUUAAGUGACCCAAAUCUUAAUUUUGCACAAAAAAAUCCACAGUCUUCGACCAAAGGAGCUCAAAAUGGGCGUAAAGCAAACAGAAGUAGGAAACCAAAAGACGCUAAAAGGACAGAUACAACGACUACUUUGAUUGAGCCUCCUGAUCUGAAAAAACAAAAUUUAUUUCAAAGCAGCAAAGCUCCUCCAAGACAAAGGAAAAAAGCUGUGGGUACAGCUGAACAAAUCAAAACCUCAACACUCAUGUCUAAACCUGGCCGGUCAUACAAAAAGAAGGCCGUAGACACUGAAAAUAUUGGUUCAGAAAAGCUGACAAAUAUGGAAAACAAUCAAGACCAGACUACAUCUAAACCAGCAUUCCAGUCACUUCAAACAAAGUGUGAAGAUGGAGAGAUUUCUAUCAUGGAAGCCAACCGAACCAUGUCGCCACGAGUUCAGAUGAAACAGCAAGGUUGUCAGACGACAGUUGUAAAGGAAGAACUCUGUACGGAGGAGUUAAAAAUUUCAACACCUUUUCUAUCGCAGACGUCUUCACAGGAACAUACAAAAGUCAAUGCCUUAGUAAAACCCUCCCGUCAGCGGGGCCUUAAGAAAAAUGUUGAUCCCAGUCUCUCUCAGACGCCAUGCAGCUUGUCUGUCCUCAAGAAACUUUAUCAAAAGAGUAAGCAUGGCCAGACACAAGUGGGUGCUCCCAACGAUUCAAUUCCUGUAGCUAUGUCUAGAGUGUCACUUGAUCCUGCAGCUAAACAAGCCAAAUCCAGAAAAACCUCAACUACACCAAGGAAACCUAGGGCCCCCAAAUCUACCAACCUUAAAGAUACGAAAUGCGGGAUCAGAAAAAGCAAAUCAAAAAACACUCAGCCUUGUUUGUCAGAAAAGCAGGAGGCCAACAUGUCGAAUGACUUACUUUUUCCAACUGACACAGACAUGGACAGUUGCAACUUCAUAGAAGAUGGCUUAUCCCCAGAGCUCCCAAAUAACUAUUCCUUUGAUAUAAAUGCCAUUGAUCAGACUCAGUUCUCCAGCCCAUACAGUGGCAAUCAGUUUGUCUUGACUGAUCAAAUUUUACCAGCCAAGUUCUUGAGUGAUGCUAGUCAGGAAGCAAUCCCUAGUCAGACAUUGCUCUUUGAGAAGAAACUAGAUAGACUAUCAGGUUACGGAGAGGAGCUGAAACAGGUCUCUGACUGGCAUAAAGUGAAGCCUGCCAGGCCUGAUCUCUUCGACAGACCUGAGCAUGGCGCAUCGACAUCAAACCAUCUCACAUUAAUUGACUCUGACAAAUUCCAGAACAGAGAUUCUGACUCUUCAGGCAAUGUUCAUACACUCAGUCCCUUUCAAGACUUUCACUGCGAAGGAAAAGACCUCUUAUUUUCAGCCUAUGAACCUGUUCUACCAUUGCCUUUGAGCUCUACUUGUUUUAUCAGCCACGAGGGCUCGCCAUCAGGCGAGCUCCUGGAAGGCAUCGAUGCAAUGACGUCCACUACUCCGAGCAGCUCUCCUUGCUCAGUCAGCUCACUCUCUCAGGUGAGAGCAAGCCAGAUGCUUCGCGGACCAGGUGGAGGAGCCCACAUUUUGAAGCCCCUCAUGUGCCCUCCAAGCAGGGAGGAGAUCCUCAGCACUCUGCAGGACUUGGAGAUAUCAGAGGCCACGUUCCAGGAACCCUUCUGCAGUGACCCCUCUGAUGCUCCAGGAAAACCAAUGGAGGUUGGUGGCCGUAAGCUCGCGGUGGAAACAAGACUAGUCAAGGAGUUGAAGGAGUUCAGUGGAGGACUGUCUUUAGAGGGACUGCAUUUGUGGAAGACAGCCUUCUCAGCCAUGACACAUUAUUCCACCACCCCGAUACCGUCUGUGCCAGCCCAGGGAGCACAAACGAGUCAAGAUCAGGCUUUGACUGACCCGUGUUCGACCAGUGACAAGCAGGUAGUCCUUCUGCCCUGCAAAAGUGCACCAACCCGGGAACGUGUGCAGCUAUGGUUGGAAGCCAGGAGGCAGUAUGAGACUUUACAAAAGGGGAUUAGAGAUGCAGAGUUGCUAAAGAAGGACGAGCUGAAUGUACACAAGGAGAGCAACCGGGAUACUACCGAGACAGCUGGUCCCAGCUGUUCCAGUUCAAACGUCAACAUGUAUGGGAAAAUUGGCAUCAGAACUCAAAGGAGAGGAAAGCGUAACCUGUCACCAAUAUCAUCUCUUGCAAAGAGUCCAGGCAAUCAGUGUGACUCGACAGAAACAAGUCCAAUUUCAGAUGAAGGUUCUGUUCGGCUUGAAGAUGAUAAAAGAACAGAGGAUGAUAAAACUAGCCCUCCGGGUUCUCCAGAGCUGCCUUCAUGGCAGCAGCCUAGCAGCGUCUUAGCUAUUGAGGAGUUGAACCAAACAAGACGGAGUGAAAACUCUCCUGAAGCUCUAUCCCCUGGACUCUCCUUUGAAAGAGUUUGUGGAAAUCGUAGCCCCCGUGUCAGUAACAAAGAAGAGAUGAGUCCUCACCACCUUCAGAGCACACCCUUUUUAAAGAGACAUCUAAGAAGCACUGAAAAUUUGGAACCUGUGUGCAGCACGCCCAUAUCUAAAGGAGACCCAGUUGCGCAGAGAAUCCAGCAUAGGCGGGGAAGCCAAGCAGAACCCCUAAGAAGAGUGUUACUUAACACACAGAUGAAGAACCAUUUUGCUGCUUUGAACACUCCAAAGAGAGAGAAUUCUCAGAUAGAAGGUCCCAGCAUAGCCAACUCCUACGGGUUUAAAGUAAGCAUGCAUAACCUGCAAGAUGCCAAAGCUAUGCACGAGGUUCAGCACCUUACAUUAAUGGGGAUGGAGCUUCAUGCACGAACCCGACGCGACCUCGAAGCCGACCCUGAGUUUGACCCCAUAUGUGCCUUAUUCUACUGCUUGACUUCUGAUUCUCCUUUGUCGAAUGUAGACAGCCGCCAGUUGACAGGUGCCAUUGUGGUGCAUCAAGACCACGAGAGUUGUAACCAAGCAGGCCAAAGAGGAACAGCGCCCCUGCUGGUCAGGUCUGGUAUUUCUGGGCUGCAGGUGAAGUACACUACAGAUGAGAAGAUGCUGUUUCAAGAACUGGUUGCCAUCAUGAGAAAGUUUGACCCGGAUAUUCUGUUUGGGUAUGAGGUUCAGAUGCACUCGUGGGGAUACCUUCUCCAAAGGGCUGCAGUUGUUGGGGUAGAUCUCUGUCAAGAACUGUCACGCAUACCAGAUGACUCAAGAGACAACCGCUUUGCUGCAGAAAGGGAUGAGUAUGGAGCAGACACAAUGACUGAGAUCAACAUCGUUGGACGCAUAUUACUCAACCUGUGGAGGGUGAUGAAAACAGAGGUGACACUGAACAACUACAGUUUUGAGAAUGUGGCCUUUCAUGUUCUCCACCAGCGCUUCCCAUUGUACAGCCCACGCACGUUGUCUGACUGGUUUGAUCACAACACUGACCUCUACAGGUGGAAAAUGGUGGACCAUUAUGUGAGCAGAGUGCGGGGUACCAUGCAGCUUCUACAGCAGCAUGACAUUAUCGGCAGAACCAGUGAGCUGGCCAGAGUGUUUGGGAUCCAGUUCUUCCACGUUCUCACUCGAGGGUCACAGUACCGUGUCGAGUCCAUGAUGUUGCGUGUAGCCAAGCCACUCAACUACAUCCCAGUAACACCCAGCAUCCAGCAGCGAGCGCAGCAGAGAGCACCUCAGUGUCUGCCGCUAGUGAUGGAACCGGAGUCGCGCUUUUACAGCAACUCUGUUGUCGUCCUGGACUUCCAGUCGCUCUAUCCCUCCAUCGUCAUCGCGUACAAUUACUGCUACUCCACUUGCCUCGGUCAUGUGGACAGCCUGGGAACGACAGAUGAGUUUAAGUUUGGCUGCACCUCCCUGCGGGUUCCCCCGGAGCUCCUCUAUCAGCUCCGAAAUGAUAUCACUGUGUCACCGAAUGGCAUCGCCUUCGUCAAGUCCUCAGUGCGUAAAGGUGUCCUCCCCAACAUGCUUGAGCAAAUCCUCAACACGCGCAUUAUGGUGAAGCAGUCAAUGAAAGCCUACAAGCAGGAAAAAACCCUGAUGAAACUGCUGGACGCGCGUCAGCUGGGACUCAAGCUCAUCGCCAACGUCACCUUUGGCUACACCGCGGCCAACUACUCUGGACGCAUGCCAAGUGUGGAGGUUGGUGACAGCAUUGUCCACAAAGCCCGAGAAACAUUGGAGAGAGCCAUCAAGCUGGUUAAUGACACCAAAAAAUGGGGAGCUCGUGUUGUGUAUGGAGACACGGACAGCAUGUUCGUUUUGUUGAAAGGAGCCACCAAAGAGCAGGCCUUUAAGAUCGGCAAUGAGAUCGCAGAGGCCGUGACGGCGACCAACCCAAAGCCAGUGAAGCUCAAAUUUGAGAAGGUGUACCUGCCCUGCGUUCUCCAGACAAAGAAGCGUUAUGUAGGUUACAUGUACGAAAGCCUCGACCAAAAGGAGCCUGUUUUUGACGCCAAAGGUAUUGAGACAGUGCGGCGUGAUGGCUGCCCUGCUGUUUCCAAGAUUUUGGAACGCUCAAUCAAGCUUCUCUUUGAGACGCGGGACAUCAGCCAGGUGAAGCUGUUUGUUCAGCGUCAGUGCGUGAAGGUCCUGGACGGCAGGGCCAGCAUGCAAGAUCUCACCUUCGCAAAGGAAUACAGAGGCGGCUCCUCGUACCGGCCCGGAGCCUGCGUCCCUGCGCUGGAGCUCACCAGGCGUAUGAUGUCAUACGACCGUCGCUUGGAACCCCGCGUAGGCGAACGCGUGCCCUACGUGGUGGUGUACGGAUCGCCCGGGGUGCCCCUCAUCCAGCUGGUCCGCCGGCCCUUGGAAGUGUUGCGGGAUCCCGGUCUCCGCCUCAACGCCACCUAUUACAUCACCAAGCAGAUCCUGCCUCCCCUAGGCCGCAUGUUCCAGUUAAUUGGAGUCGACGUGCUCAGCUGGUACCAGGAGCUUCCCAGGAUCCAGAAGGCCACCGGUUCCACGGGCACAGGCGGCGACGACGUGGCCAGGAAAGGCACCAUUUCGCAGUACUUCACCACGCUCCACUGCCCCGUCUGCGACGAGCUCACCCAGCUUGGUGUGUGCGCGCGAUGCCGUGCUUCACCACAGCGCGUGGCCGUCACCCUCCACCAGGACAUGAGGCAGCUGGAGCGAGAACAAGAACAGCUUCUCAAGAUCUGCAAGAACUGCAGCGGCUGUGCCGAACGCCACGUUCCGUGCAUCUCGCUGGACUGUCCCGUUCUCUACAAGCUGAAUCGAGUGAGCGGCCGGCUCUCCAAGGCGCCGUACCUACGAAAACUGCUCGACGACUUGUAAUCGACGUCGCGGCUCCUCCGGUGCUAACGGCCGCCGUCGUCUCGGGUUUGAAAUAUUUCAAAGGUGCUUCGCCUGAACCCUGUUGGGUUGUCAUCGUGUCUCAUUAACUAAUAGUAUUUGUUAUACAAGUAUCGUCCGCUUCAGCCUCCCUCAUAGGGCAUGUGUAUGUCUUUUCAUGCUUAUUUUUUACGGCUGCUGCGGCCAGACUGAAAAAAAAUACAACCUCAUAAUUAAAAGGUACUCAUCUGGUUAAGUUUUCUGUACGACAUCAUCAGACUUGGGAUUUCUCGUUUCAUGUAAAUAAAGCAUCAGUACACGAUGACGUAUUAGCAUAAAGCCAAUUGCAUUUCCGGCCGUGAAUGCCGUUUUUUUUUUCUUUUUCUAUACAUUCUAUUGAGGGAUGUCAUUUUAACCUUGAUUGUAUUCAUGACCGUUCGAGCUUUUACCGCUCAUCCAGUGUGCAAAUGGGUCUUUGUUUUUUGUUUUUUUAAACCUGGGACUGUUGCAAUACUGUGUUUUGAUAACUCGUGUGUAUUAUUUGUUCGUUGCUGGUUUGGUGUACGUUUUAAAACUAUGCUGUUAUCGCACCGUGUCGAGAUUUCAAUCUGUGCUUUGUAAAGAUGUCAAAGAAAAAAAUAAAAAGUUGGUUCAUUUCUUUGCAUUCAAUGGAUAUUGCUGUGGGUUGAAAUUGCUUUAAUAAAAAGUCAAAUGUAUUGUAAUGGUUUUCUAAUCAGUGAUAUUUAAGACAAAACAUUGCACACAAUCGGUUCACAAAAAAGUGCAAAUUAACCAUUUUUACAGCAAGAUGCUUAUUUAAACUCAUUGGCUGCCAUUGACGGUGCUAGACGUCCAAUCCAUUUUUGACUGGAAAAUGAAUUGGACAUCUACUGCCGUCAA